UGGAUUCGGUUCAGAGCGGAACGCACUGACAGACCCGGAUUCGCGUCAGUGCGUAUGCGUGCACACCGAUUGUAAGUGAAAAAUCCACAUUCCGCUGCAUAACAACUAUAUCCGAUUUUAAUUCACUCAGAGGCGACGCGUUUCAUCGCCACGGCCGCAGAUGCACUAUUACGCGCGUUCCUCUAAACCCCGAGUCCACCUGAAUAUAUGUAUAUGUGUGUGUGAAAAGAGAUUUGUUUAUUUCUAGGAACGGGCUACAAUUCUCAUCUUCCACACCGGACAGAAAGGGAACUCAUCCACGUCAUUUAAACGGGAAUAUCGGUUUUUAUUUUUCUACGGUACGAUUAUGCGCGUGCAGUUCGGGUGGUGAAGUCGGAUCCGAAGGGUCAGCACGAGCUCGGAAUUCGCUGGUUCGGAAGAAAUUUCCAUCCACAUUUGAGUAGUUUGGAGAGACCGGAGGAGCUCGCAACAUGCCACUUGCUCAGCUGUCAGAACCAUGGCCCAAAAUGGAGCUGGUUCAGUUGGAGACGGAGAAUGGACAGAACACAGCUGAGGAUGGAGACAGCACAGCUGUUAAGGAAGAUGGAGAUAUCAAGGAGAUCAACAUCACACAUGUGGUUAAGGAGGGGGCAGAGAAGGCAGACCCCUCACAGUUUGAGCUACUCAAAGUGUUGGGACAGGGAUCCUUUGGAAAGGUGUUUUUGGUACGUAAGGUAACGCCUCCUGAUAAUAACCAGCUUUAUGCCAUGAAAGUCCUGAGAAAGGCCACACUCAAAGUGAGAGAUCGCGUGAGGACUAAGAUGGAGAGAGACAUCCUGGCAGAUGUCAACCAUCCAUUUGUGGUUAAACUUCAUUAUGCUUUUCAGACAGAGGGUAAACUCUAUCUUAUUCUGGACUUCCUCAGAGGGGGCGAUCUCUUCACCAGACUGUCAAAAGAGGUGAUGUUCACAGAGGAGGAUGUAAAGUUUUAUCUGGCUGAGCUGGCACUGGGUCUAGAUCACCUGCACGGUCUCGGCAUCAUCUACAGAGACCUCAAACCUGAGAAUAUCCUCCUGGAUGAAGAGGGACAUAUCAAGCUCACAGAUUUUGGACUGUGUAAGGAGGCUGUCGACAAUGAAAAGAAGGCUUACUCCUUCUGUGGGACGGUGGAGUACAUGGCUCCAGAGGUGGUCAACAGGCAGGGACAUACGCACGGCGCUGACUGGUGGUCGUUUGGGGUACUGAUGUUUGAGAUGCUUACGGGAUCACUACCAUUCCAGGGAAAGGACAGAAAGGAAACAAUGAAUCUCAUCCUGAAGGCGAGGUUGGGGAUGCCUCAGUUUUUGAGCACUGAAGCUCAGAGCUUACUAAGAGCUCUGUUCAAGAGGAACCCCACCAACAGACUAGGAUCUGGGUCAGAUGGAGCUGAAGAAAUCAAAAGGCACUCAUUCUUCGUGACGAUUGACUGGAAUAAACUCUUCAGGCGAGAACUAAACCCUCCUUUCAAGCCAGCUGUGGCCAGACCUGACGACACCUUUUAUUUCGACUCAGAGUUCACCUCUCGCACCCCUAAAGAUUCCCCAGGUGUUCCCCCCAGCGCAGGAGCUCAUCAGCUCUUCCGGGGCUUCAGUUUUGUUGCCACGGCAAUGCUAGAAGAGGAGGGCAAAGAGGAGCCAUCCCAGCCCCCUCCACACCCUGUGGUACAGCAGCUUCAUGGUAAGAACAUCCUGUUCAGUGACGGUUACGUGCUGAAGGAGGACAUCGGCAUGGGCUCUUUCUCUGUAUGCAAACGCUGCAUACACAAAGCAACCAACACAGAGUAUGCAGUGAAGGUGAUUGAUAAGACGAGCACUGACCCAUCUGAAGAGAUUGAGAUCCUGCUGAGAUACGGCCAGCACCCCAACAUCAUCACUCUCAAAGAUGUGUAUGAUAAUGGGAAGCAGGUGUACCUGGUUACUGAGCUGAUGCGAGGAGGUGAGCUGCUGGAUAGGAUCCUCAAGCAGAAGUUUUUCUCUGAGAGAGAGGCCAGUGCUGUGCUUCACACAAUCACAAAGACUGUGGAAUACCUGCACACUCAAGGGGUUGUGCAUAGGGAUCUGAAACCCAGUAAUAUUCUCUAUGUUGAUGAGUCUGGAAAUCCAGAAUCUCUCCGCAUCUGUGAUUUUGGUUUCGCCAAGCAGCUUCGGGCAGACAACGGCCUCCUUAUGACACCCUGCUAUACUGCCAAUUUUGUAGCACCUGAGGUACUGAAGAGACAGGGUUAUGAUGAGGGCUGUGACAUUUGGAGUCUUGGAGUAUUACUAUACACUAUGCUUGCUGGUUUUACACCAUUUGCCAAUGGACCAGAGGACACUCCAGAAGAGAUUUUGAGUAGGAUAGGGAGUGGCCACUUUACCCUGACGGGAGGCAACUGGGACGCGGUGUCUGAUGCAGCCAAAGAUUUGGUCUCUAAGAUGCUUCAUGUGGACCCUCACCAGCGACUCACAGCCAAGCAAGUUCUGAAGCAUCCUUGGAUUGUUCAGAGAGACAAGCUUCCCAACAGCCAGCUACAACACCAAGAUGCCAAGCUUGUAAAGGGUGCAAUGGCUGCCACAUACUCCGCACUGAAGAGUUCCCAACCACCCCCUGAGCUGAAACCCAUUGAGUCCUCUUUCUUGGCACAGAGACGGGUGAAAAAGCUCCCAUCCACCUCUCUGUAGGGAACGAUGGGUGAAAAAUAGAGAAGUACUACUGCCUGAAUGCAUUUUUGGAAAGGAUAGAUGAAUAAAAGGAGCACGCUGAAGCUCUACAGACUAAAGACAGUCUCUUCAACCUGCCUGAGCUGUCAAGUACACUAGACAUGGGUGGUGAUUGGCUGAUGAAGUUUGAGGGCGGUGGCCAGUGAGGGUUCUGUGCUCAGGAGCAGGUGUAUGUUUGUGAUUGUGUGUGUGAGAUUUCAAAGAACCGGGUAAAGGAUACUGUUAUAAAACAGAUGAUAUUGCCAGUACAUGUCUUGGUACUGUAAUCCCUAAAUAUCAACACUGCUGUAUUCAGAGUUUUGGAUUGUUUGCUUGUGUUUUACUUUUCAAGUCUUUGUUUGCUCUUAGUAGUAUUAUUAGAUUAUCACAAUGAUUAAGAUUUGUCUGUGUCCUUAAAGGGGACAAAAGUCAUUAUGUACUUUUUUUUUUAAAAAGCUUUUCAGCUGUCCAGCUUUUCAAAUUCUCUCUUAGUCCAUCCAAAGCUAGUUAAAAUCUUAAUGAAAGCUCAAUGAAAGCCUUUAGGAGAGAGCAAUGUUCCAUUGUCAUAUUUCACCCAGAUGAAUGAGCAAAGGUUAAAUAUAUCUUCCAAAACGAUCCGGUGAGCAUGUUCACAUGACUAUCAACCUAACUAUAGGUGAGAAUGGAGGUGCUUUUUGCAUGGAUUUGUACAAUGCUGUCUUGUUGCUUUUUCCCCCCUUACUUAGCACUGGUAAAGACUGUUCAAAAAUGUCUUCGUGUUUGUUUAUUUACAAAGAAAAGAAAGAAAAAACUGUCUGAAUGCGAGAUUAAAUCUGAAGCUUCUGGCAUGGAAAAAUGUCGCUCUUGUACUCCAGUGUUUUUUCCGGUUUGAUUUUGUUGUUGUUGUUUUGCUAAAAGAGAAGUUAUUUUAUAAAGGCAUACUGAGCACAAAAUUUCUAAAUGUGACAGUUAUGGAAAUGAUUUCAUGAUUGUGUAUAUUUUACCUUGUCUGUCAUGUUUGUUGUUCUAUCUGUGUUAAGAAGCUCAUUGUGGUGGAAAAUUUGCUAUUUUUCUCAGACUGUUCUUGGCAAUGCCUUGCAAAUUCAUGAAACCUUGUCUCGCUCAAAAGUAUUGCACCCUUUGCCAAUCAAACACAUCUUCACAGUUUUAAGAUGUGCUCCCAGUAUUGUUUUGUAUUCCCCAUCACUUGGAUUAGUCUUGGAUUAUAAAUAUUCUCCAACACAAAUAUUUGAAAAUGUAGUGAUCUAGAAAAAGUUCUGGUUCUGAUCGCAAUUUCAAUGGCGGAAUAAUAAUUUGUAAAAAAAAAAACUAGGGAAGCUGACAACUUGCUAUUUUAAGAUUCAGCAACCGACCACUUUCACUCAUACGGCUCAUCAAGCAUAUAAAGUAUUGGAAGUAUAGAACCCUGAAGUAACGUUGUGUUCUUGCAAAAUGCCUACAGUAUGAAUCCUUUGAAUUAUCACAAUAAAUACUUGGUGUUUGGCUGCAUUUUGAAAUGUUAAAAAAACAAAACUAUUUACUUCUCUUUAAUUGUGCAUUGUUUCAAUCAAACUUUCUUUGCUAUGUGUUGUAUUUGGGGUUCUUCUUGCUUAAUCUUUAAAAAAAUAUAUAUAUCAGUUGUGAUUUAUUUGGGGGGUUGUAUUACUGUGUUAACGUGUCAGAUUCUCCUGCCUGAUAUUGGGGUGGGUAUGGUGCAUAAUGAUUUGGUGGUGUUUUGUGGAGAGGGUGUGUGAACUAUCACCCCAUGCUUCUACAGUCAAGGGGUUGAAUAUCCUGAAGCCUUUUUAUUAAAAUAAAAAAGAAAAUAUUUUAACUUGUCCAUCCUUUGGUCUCUAAGUAUUUAAAUAUUCUUGUCUU